GGCACGUGACAUGGAGGCGGGGAUGCAGGAAAGCUCCAGAAUCCCAGCUCGAGUGCUAACAGUCUUUAGCCCGCUCUGUGCUCCUUUCCGGUUCUCAAACCCCAAGCGUCGAGGAAGGGAGGUUGGCGAUAGGAGCCUGAGUCCGGAGGCCGGCCAGUCUGUGUGCUGCAAAGAACCGAGUGGACCUGAGGCUGUCUCAGCCUCCUAACGCCGGCAGAAGCUCCUCGUCGCGCUUCCUGUUUCGUCAUGGCGAGAUUCUGGCUGUGCGCGGGCUGCACGGUCUUUUUCCUUGCAUUUCUGAAUUUAUAUUCGCGCUUUUCUGGCUCUUCGGUUUUAAGAGAGUUUAUUUUUCAAAUUUCCUGGAGAAGUGAGGAAAUUCUUUACAAGCUGGAUGUGGGUUGGCCUAAGCAUUCAGAGUACUUUACUGGAGCAACAUUUUGUGUUGCAGUUGACUCCCUGAACGGACUACUUUACAUAGCCCAAAGAGGGGAUAACAUCCAAAAGGUACUAGUGUUCACAGAGGAUGGAUAUUUCCUACGAGCUUGGAAUUACACAGUUGACACACCUCAUGGUAUGUUUGCCGCCAGUACACUGUAUGAACAAUCCAUUUGGAUCACGGAUGUAGGAAAUGGAUCCUUUGGUCAUACUAUUAAAAAAUAUAGUUCCCUUGGUGAUCUUGUUCAAGUCUUGGGUACCCCAGGCAAAAAAGGCACUGGUUUGAAUCCCCUGCAGUUUGAUAACCCUGCAGAAUUAUAUGUAGAGGACACAGGAGAUAUUUACAUUGUGGAUGGAGAUGGAGGAUUGAAUAACAGAUUGAUCAAGUUGUCCCAAGAUUUCAUGAUGCUUUGGUUGCAUGGAGAAAAUGGGACAGGGCCUGCUAAGUUCAACAUACCUCACAGUGUUACAGUUGAUUCAUCUGGCCGGGUAUGGGUUGCUGACCGAGGAAAUAAAAGAAUUCAAGUAUUUGAUAAAGACACUGGAGUGUGGUUAGGAGCAUGGAAUAAUUGUUUCACAGAAGAGGGACCUUCUUCAGUCAGAUUUACUCCUGAUGGGAAAUAUUUGAUUGUAGCCCAGCUGAAUCUUAGCAGGCUCUUAUUUGUGGCAGCACCCCCAGUGGGAAGCAUUGGCUCCUGUUCUGUGAUAAGCUCAAUCCAACUAGCAGAUCAAGUUUUACCUCAUCUCUUAGACGUCAGUGGAAAGACUGGAGCAAUAUAUGUAGCAGAAAUUGGAGCAAAACAAGUACAAAAAUAUGUCCCUUUGAAAAGCUAAUUUCCUAUAAUUCCAUUUAUUAUGUAUCUCUCCCUGGAGAUCUUUCAAGUGAAGGUUCAGAUUCUCAAAUUCACUGUUAAGUAAUGUUCAAGUGCAAUAAUUCAUGUUUUUAUUUUUACCUGAUCUAGUAUCACAAAAUUUGUUUUUAUAAAGUCAUUAAGAAUUUUA